UUGGUUGCGAACACCAUGCUUAUUUAUGCUCGUCAAACAGAUCCUCUCCUUCAUCGCGCGCGCUCUCUCUCUCUCUCUGCCCCCUCUCUGCAAGUAAGAAAAACGUCAUGCUUCUGCAACAACAAAAAGCUUUCUUCUUCUUUUUCUUCCUUCUGGAGCUGCAUAAUCUGGUCAUGGACUCUAGACGGUGUCGUUUCAGACCCACAGACCAGUUACGUGAAAAUAGGGUGCAGCCAGUACAACGUCACUGACACGAUUAUCUUCCAUGACAACCUGAAGUUGACAUUCAGAGACUUGAAAGCACAGAUCAAGAACCAAAGCAAACACUUCGCAACGUCGCAGGCAGUGAAGGGAAACAACCCAGCUUAUAGUAUUUUUCAGUGCAGAAACUACCUCUCCAUCGUCGACUGCCUCGCUUGCUUCAGAUUCGCCGCCCGGAAUAUUCGCAACUGCUCUUACGGCGCCACCGGUGCCCGUAUCAUCUAUGAAGGAUGCUUCCUCAGGUACGAGAGCAGUGGAUUCUUUGAUCAGAACACAGACGCUGGCAACAACAUUGUCUGUGGGGCUAAAGCAAGAAACUCCACUGAACUUGCUUCAACAGUGGAACAAGUACUAACAGAUCUGGAAACAGCAACACCAAAAAUACCUGGUUUCUAUGCAGCCACUAAAACGCAAGUGCCUAAUAGUAACACUUCAAUUUAUGCCUUUGCUCAAUGUCUUGAGACUCUCACUCAAAGUGGCUGCCAGGACUGCUUAAAAACUGGCUUAAAAAAUUUCCAGAUUUGUCUUCCCAACUCAAACGCCAAGACUUAUGAUGCUGGUUGUUUCAUGAGAUACUCCACCACUGCUUUCUUUUCUGAUAAUCAAACUACUAAUAUCAAGCACUUCUUGAAACAAGGAGGUUCAAGUAAGAAGAAGGCUAUUAUUGGUGGGGUUGUCGGAGGUGCAUCUGUUAUUUUGAUUCUUCUUGCAUUAUUUGCUUUGCAUAGACGAUCACAGUUAUCCAAGAGGAAUCCUAGAGGAGACAUUUUGGGAGCAACUGAGUUGAAAGGCCCUGUUAACUAUAGGUAUAAAGAUCUCAAGGCAGCAACAAAAAAUUUCAGUAAAGAAAAUAAACUAGGAGAAGGAGGUUUCGGUGAUGUUUACAAGGGAACUUUGAAAAAUGGAAAAGUUGUUGCUGUCAAGAAAUUGGCGUUAGGCCAAUCCAAAGAGAUGGAGAAAAAUUUUGAAAGUGAAGUGAAGCUGAUAAGUAAUGUUCAUCAUCGAAAUCUUGUUCGACUUUUGGGAUGUUGCAGUAAAGGACAAGAGAGACUCCUAGUUUACGAGUACAUGAAAAACAACAAUGUUGGCCAAUACUUAUUCGGUAGAACUAAAGGUUCUCUCAGUUGGAAGCUACGUUAUGGUGUAAUUUUGGGUAUUGCAAGGGGUUUGGCCUAUUUACAUGAGGAAUUUCAUGUUUGUAUCAUACAUAGAGAUAUAAAAACUAGCAAUAUCCUCUUGGAUGAUGAUUUCCAACCUAAAAUUGCUGAUUUUGGACUAGCAAGGCUUUUGCCAAGAGACCAAUCUCAUCUCAACACAAGAUUUGCAGGAACAAUGGGAUACACAGCACCUGAAUAUGUAAUGCAUGGACAAUUGUCAGAGAAAGUUGAUACUUAUAGCUAUGGAGUUGUAGUCCUAGAAAUUAUAAGCGGACAAAAGAGUGGUGAAGUAAAGGGUAAUAAUGAAAGUGAAUUACUCCUUCAAAAGGCUUGGAAACUGUAUGAGAGAGGGUUGCAUAUAGAGUUUGUGGACAAUACCUUAGACUCAAGUGAGUAUGAUGCAGAAGAAGUCAAGAAAAUCAUAGAAAUUGGGUUACUCUGCACUCAAGCAUCUCCUGCUGCAAGGCCAACAAUGUCUGAGAUUGUUGUUAUGCUCAAAAGCAAAGGCUUAAUGGACCACAAGAAACCCACUAUGCCUGUCUAUGUUGAUCCUAAUUGGAGGCCCAAAAGAGACACCUCUACGACUAAUAGUUCAUCUUCAUCAAAUGCUACUGUGUCCCAGUCCAUUCUAUCAGGAAGGUGAUUGCAUUACUCAAGAACGUGCAGUUAUGGGUCACUUGAAGUUUGAACCUGUAAAAAUAAUAAAGAAAAUAGAGCAAGUGUUCUCCAUCCAUCAGUUGAAGUUAGAAAUUUUGUGUGAAACAGUGGCUUCUUUCGCCUAUGGUGUAAAAUAACUUUGGUAAAUGUAGCAGAAGCCUCUGAAUUUUGUGUGAAUGUGUAAGACACUGGACACUAAUAAAUUUCUACCGAAGCCAUUUAUUUAUUUAAUGAUAA